AGUUGCUUAUUUUCAAUUAUUUAAUAUAUAUUUAUUAUUUUAUUAAUGUAAAAUAAAUAAUGCGUAAAAAGUUAUUUUUAUAUACAUUAUCCUUAUAAUUGGGUCCAAGGCAGAUCAUAAACUGUUUUAAUAUUUUAAUGCUUACAUGAUAUUAGAUGACUGUUUCUUUCUUUUUUUGUUUUUUUUUUUUUGAUUAACCUGGAGGUAUCUCAGAUCCAUAGAGAGGCCCAGACUAAUCCCAAAAGGGAGGUGCAGCCCAUGGAUAGACCAUCUCUCCGGAUAUUCAAAUGGACCCUAAAGCAUAGGGUUAUAUCCGUGUUAGGUGACUAGGAUAAUUGUGACUUAGUUUCGCGCAGCAGGUAGAUCGAACCUGAAACGUGUUGGCGUCUUAGUCCCGUAUCCUUACCACUUGACCACAAUCGACCACAAUCACCCGGUCAAAACUUUUUUGUUUUUUUGAAAAGACUGUUUCUUUCUUAUUCGAAGGAAAAAGAAGAAAGGUACGUACGUGUUUGUUUCCUUUUCAUUUAGACCUUCGACUUUCCUCGAAAGAUUAAAGGUGGAUUUAUUUUCUAUAUCUUCAGCAUCGUGGGGUUGGUUCUGGAAACACGGGGGUUUAUUGAAAGUUGGGCAUCACGGCGCGACGUUGCUUCGAUAGAGUAAAACGGUGUCGAGUUACCAAUGGGGCGAUCUGAUGUGCGAUAUGAUGGACAGAAGAAAUACAUAAGUUCUCGGAUGUAUCUGGCACAUGAAACCGACUUUCUCAAUUUGCCAACUCUCUUCAGUGACACCGGUACCACUGUGCCAAUGAGUCCAAAGACCAUUGCUGCAGUAAGAGCAGGUGAUGAAAUUUACGUGAGAGAUAUGACAAUUGAUGUUGAGCUUGCUCUAAGCUCAGUGAACGAUCAUGGAAAUACAAUGCUUCAUCUUGCAGCGGCCGCGGGUCACACCAGCCUUGUGUGUUAUAUACUCUACGCGUACCCAGGUCUUCUAAUGAAGUCAAACCUAAUGGGCGAAGUCGCUCUCCAUGUUGCAGCAGGCGCAGGGCAUCUUGAUGUUGUUGAGGCUCUGGUUAGUUACAUUAAUGAUAAAAUCACACGUGCUGUUGCCAAAAAGAUAUAUUUUGCUAAGAAUAGAAACGAAGACAAUGCUUUACAUGUUGCCUUAAAAAGGAAACAUGUUAAGGUGGCUUCCUGUUUGGUUUCUGCAGAGCAAUGUUUGUCUUUUGUUCCAAACAAUGAUGGGUUUUCUCCCUUGUAUUUAGCCAUUGAAGCUGGACAGGCAGAUCUUGCGAAACAUAUGUGGAAACAUUCAAAUAAUGGAUCAAGUAGCACAUAUUGUUUAGCUUCAAAGGUAGGAGGAAGAUCCAUAGUUCAUGGCGCUAUGAAGGCUAAGAGAAAAGAUCUCAUUGCUGCUAUACUUAAUGAAGAUGCAAGUCUUAUUAACUUGAGAUAUGAAGGAAGAACUUGUCUUUCUUUUGGUGCAUCCAUUGGAUAUUAUGAAGGGGUUUACUAUCUGUUAGACAAAUCUAUAGACAGUGUUUAUGUCAGCGAUGAUGAUGGCUCCUUUCCGAUUCAUAUGGCCGCGAAGUAUGGACAUGUCAAAAUUCUUAAGGCAAUCCUUAAGCGUUGUCCAGAUGCACUUGAGUUGCUUGACAUAGACGGUCAAAACAUUCUUCAUGUUGCAGCAAAAAAUGGAAAAGCCGAAGUCAUCAAGUUUAUCUUAAGAUGUUAUAAGGAUAAGAACAAGGAAAAGUUGAUUAACGAAGAAGAUGUGAAUGGAAACACUCCAUUGCACUUGGCCACCAAAAAUUGGCACCCUAAAGUUGUCAGUAUGCUUACUUGGGAUAACAGAGUUGACUUGGAAACACUGAACCAUAACGGUCUCACAGCUAUAGAUGUCGCUGAGGGGAACAUGGAUUCGAGCUACACAUUUUUUCAGAGGUUGACUUGGAUGGCACUGAUAUCUGCUGGUGCACCAAGUGGUCCCAACCCAAUAAUAUCCACUCCCGUAACAGACAAUCCAGACGGUGGGAAGCACAAAGAUCGGAUCAAUACUCUUCUUUUGGUGGCCACUCUUGUAGCCACAAUGACUUUCACUGCAGGGUUUACACUUCCAGGGGGUUACAACGGUUCUGCUCCCAACUUGGGGAUGGCAACUUUGGCCAAGAAAACAGCUUUCCAAGUGUUUCUUCUAUUUGACACCUUGGCGAUGUACUGUUCUAUCGUAGCGGUAGUUGCUCUCAUUUGGGCACAUUUGGGAGAUAUUUCCCUCAUAAUGAAAGCGUUCAAUCUUGCAUUGCCACUUCUCGGGUUUGCGCUUAUAUCUAUGUCGAUAGCAUUUAUGGCUGGAACUCAUGCUUCAAUAAGCCACCUCCCCUUUCUUGCAUAUUUCAUAUUAGGCAUCGGCCUGUUCUUCCUAUUGGCUUUACUGCUGAUCAUUAUUCCUUAUGUGUCCCCGCAUUAUACUACGAAACUCUUUCUUCGACACAUGUUUUACUGCCCCUAUUUCCUUAUGCUUUUAGCCGCUGGUGACAACCGCAACAAUGAUUGAAAGAAUCCGGAAAUCACUUCCCACUUUUUUUUUCCUUUUAACAAGAUACAAUUUCGUCAAUGUACAUUGCGUCAGAUAAAUGAAUAAAACGUUAGAGUUUUGAGUUUGAAGUCUCGGUGGCUUGGCUUGGCAUUUUGUAAAAUCUUGAGCUCUAUUUCUAGAGGUCUCUUCUCAAUUCAGUAGAUAAUUUGUUGCUAUGUGAAAAUGAUACAUGUUUAUUUCUGAUAUGUGGAAACACUUUGGUUAUUGGUUUGUGAAUUUUAAUAGAUUUAAAAAUUCAAAUUAAAUUCAGUGUUAUUCGAUUUAUGAUUUUAAACAUAUGUUGUAGUCGUCUGUUAUUCACUUAUGAUAUAUAUAUAUAUAUAUAUAGGGUC